AUGCCAGUCACUCUCGUGCUGGGCUCGCAAUGGGGCGACGAAGGCAAAGGCAAGCUCGUCGACAUCCUCGCUACCUCUGCUGAUCUCGUCUGCCGUGCCGCCGGGGGCAACAAUGCGGGCCAUACCAUUGUGGUCCACGAUGUGACCUACGACUUCCACAUCCUCCCCUCUGGCCUCAUCAAUCCUUCCUGCAAAAUAAAUCUCAUCGGCACCGGCUGUGUCGUGCACAUCCCCAGCUUUUUCAAAGAACUCAAGGCGCUGGAAGAGAAAGGCCUGGUGGGCGUGCGGGAGCGCAUUCUGAUCUCAGACCGUGCUCACGUAUGCUUUGACUUGCACGGCGUCGUGGAUGGCAUCUCCGAAGACAAAUCCAAGAACGUCGACGGCGGCAAGAACGUGAUUGGCACCACUCGCAAGGGCAUCGGCCCAUGCUACAGCGACAAGGUCGCCCGGAGAGGCGUGACUUUUUGGAUGCUCGUCAACGAACAACAGCGGUGGGAGAGGCGCCUGCGGGACCUGGAAGCCAACUACCGCAAAUUGUACGGCGACGCGGCACUGCAGGGUUACAGCCUGGAAGAGGAAAUCCAGAAGUUGCGCGGAUAUCGGGAAGAGCUUCAGCAAUACGUCGUCGACCAGACGCCCUUGCUGGCACAGGCCGUCGGAACCAAGGGCAUGGCCACAGCGAACUCGAACGGCGCUGGUGCUCGCCAGCCCAACGUCUUGAUCGAGGGUGCCAAUGCACUCCUUCUGGACAUAGAUCAUGGCACAUAUCCUUACGUCACGUCCAGCAAUACCGGCCUGGGCGGCGUCUUCACCGGUCUUGCAGGCCUCUCUCCUCAAUCUCUCUCAGCGCCGGGAAGCAACAUCGUCGGCGUGGUAAAAGCGUACACCACCCGCGUCGGCGCCGGCCCUUUCCCCACCGAGCUCAGCCGCGAAAUCUCUCCCAAGGACGCCGAAUACGGCGAGCGGCUCCAACAGGUCGGCCGCGAAUGGGGCGUCACGACGGGCCGCAAGCGGCGCUGUGGCUGGUUCGACCUCGUCCUGGUCAAGUACUCGGCGGCCGUGAACUGCUACACACAACUCAACCUGACCAAGCUCGACGUCCUGGAUGGCUUUGAGGAAAUCCGCGUGGCCACGGCGUACAAGGUCAACGGCAAGACACUACCCGGUUUUCCCGCGGAUCUGGAUAUGAUGGAGGAAAUGGAGAUCGAGUACAAGACCUUCAAGGGGUGGUUGACUAAGACCACUGGCUGCACGAGAUUCGAAGACCUGCCUGACCAGGCGAGGGAGUAUGUCGGGUUCAUCGAGCAAGAGGUCGGAGUACCGAUUAAAUGGAUCGGCACCGGUCCGAGGAGGGAGGACAUGUGUAUCCGCUAA